CGCGUCUUCUUCUUCUGUUUCCCAUCUGCAGAGGAGAAAAAUUGUUUGAGUUGCUGCUUUUGAGUGGUAGUUUUGAGUAGUUGGGGUUUACUUGCAUAUAUACAUUUAUUCUCUUGCAUUUGUGUUUGUGUUUUGUUGUUGUGUUUAGAUUGUGCAUCAUGGAUUCCUCAGAUGACGAGGAAGAAAUCCAACAACUCCGCCUCGCAAAAGCCCGCGCAGAACGAGAAGAACUCGAGGCAAAACUACAACUAGCUGAAAUCAGACGGCGGAAACGACUUGCUCUGAAAUCAUCCUCUUCUUCUUCUUCGACAGCAGCGGCUGAUGCUGUUCUUGCGCCUGCUACCCCGCCGCCUCGGAAACGCGCUGUUGCAGUGAUUACGCAAGAUGACGAGCUGGUAGUCCAAGAAACGCCGCGGUCAUCAUCAUCGCAGCAGCAGCUCGACAUCAUCGCCGCGACACCGACCCCCCCGUCCCGUCGGCAGGAUAGAGACAACUCCCGUCGCCAGGAUAAAGACAAAGACAACAGACCACUCCAGCUCUCCCCCAGCGAACGCAAACUUCUCUCCGCAGAAAUCAUCAAGCGCAGAAAACUUAGUGCCUACUCCCCCGCCAUCGCCAGCUCCAUCCUCCGCGCGCGCACCUCGCAGUCGCAUACCGAUGACUAUUCAGCACCAGAAGAGGAGAUACAAGUGCCGAAAUCGCCGUCGCCGGUGAAAGCGCGCGUGCUGCUGGGGCUGGACGUCGGUCGGAGCGCGGGCGAUGUGAAUUUGAGUCGCGCGCGAGGGGGGAAGGAUAUGACGGCGCGGAGUAUAAAGCAUGGGAUCGAGCGCGCGAUGGUGGAGGACGCGGCGGCGAAGAAGAAGAUUCAGGCGCCGACGGUCGGGUUACGGUCUACGCGGGAGACGCGGGAGUUGAAGCGCGGGAGCGUUGUCAGGAGUGGUGGGGAGGCGGAGAGGAGGAAGGUCUCGGUGUCUGGCCUCUGCAAGGCGAUUUCGCCGCCAGAAUACGAUCCGCCCGCGUGGCCGGACUGGGCUGUGCUUGGUGUUGUCGCGCGCAAGAGCGGGAUGAUGUACAUGCGCAAGCCGCAGUUCGUCGUCGAUCGCGAGCGGGAGCGGGACAAGAGUGAGAGUGAGAAGGAGAAGAUGGGGAAGGUGGAUGAGGCGCGGAUUAUUCGCGACGCGGCGAACGCGAAAGCCGGGAUCGACGAGACGUUUAGGCAGUACCACGCGCGCGUGCGUCGGCAGCGCACGAAAGAGGAACUCAAGCGCCAGCAAGACGGGCCCGACGCGGACGACGACCACGAACGAGCCGAGCAGGACCGCAAGCGACGGCGCUACUUUAUCGUCACGCUGACCGAUCUCCGCGUCGAGAUCGAUUUGUUUGUGUGUGGCCCGCAGGUCGAGAAGUUGUGGAAACUACGGGUCGGGGAUUUAAUUGCUGUCUACAACCCCGGCGUGUGGGCGCCCAAGCAACAGUCACAGCAGCAGCAGCAGCAGCAGCGCGGGUUCAGGAUAAACCUCGACCAACCCGACGACGAAGUCCUCGAGCUCGGCCGCGCGCGUGACUUCGGCCUGUGCAAAGCCCUCACAAAGAAACAGCAGCCCUGCGCAAACUGGGUAUGCACCUCGCGCACCGACUACUGCGAAUUCCACAUCGAGCUCGCGGCGAAGCGGAAUACCUCGCGGCGCGCGGAUCUGAAUAAAGGCACGCCGUACUUUGCGCCGCGGAUGGCGGAUGGGCGGAGUAGUGUGCUUGUGCGGAUGCCGGAUGGGAAGCAGGUUCUUGUUCCUGCGGACGGGCAGGGCGGGAGGAAGAAGAGGGGAGGAGGAGGGUUUGGGGGGUUUAAGGGCGAGGUGGAGGAGUUGGGGUAUGAAUUGCCCCAGAAGAGGUAUCGGAGAGGCGGUCUGUAGCAUUUACCAUAUCAUUAUCUUGGGUUGUAUAUACCAAAUAUCCAAGCAUCCUCCAUCCACGUUCUCAGCAACACCGCGUUCGUUCCCCUGGCAACCAUCCAAACCCCCUGCUGGAAUGGAAUGCCCGCCGCACGAGCC